AUGUCCACUCCAUCAAGGCAUACGAGGAAAAGACAGAAUGACGAUGAAUCGGAAGAAAAUGCUGUCAAUACAAGGUCUUCACCGCCAUCGCACCAUCAUCAUCACCAUCAUAAUCAACCGUCAUCGCCGCUUGCGUCGUCACCACAAAUGUUACCAUCGUCUCCGGCAAUUCCAUUUGACACCGCUUUGAAUGAUGAGGAUGUUAUAGACGAGGAAAUUCAAAAUGAUGUAGCAGAUCUCAAUCCUUCAGAUGAGGAGGAUGGUGAUGAUUUAAUGGAGGAUCUCGAGAGAGAUUAUCGAGCAAAUCCAGAACAGGACCAUUAUGAUUUAGGAGAUGGCAAUAUCGAUGACACGGGGGAUUUUGAUGAAAUGGAUUUGGCAACGAGAAGAAGAAUUGACGAGCAAUUAAAUAAGAGAGACGCCAUUUUAAAUAAUGCUAAUAGAUCUAGAAGAGGUGUAUUUUUGGACGAUGAUAACGACGAUGCUGAAGAAGGAGACGCGAUGGAUCAGUAUGGUUUACCAAUCCAAAGAAGAAGAAGAAGACAGCAGUUUGAUGAAGAGGAUCAGGAUAAUAUGUUGGAUGAAAUGGAAAUUGAUCCAUUUAAUGAAGAGUUAUCGUUGCAAAGUUUAACAGAUAUGAAAGCACCUAGUAUAACAGAGUGGAUUCUUCAACCAGCAGUGAGCAGAUCUAUCGCUAGAGAGUUGAAAUCUUUCUUUUUGGAAUAUACCGAUUCCAAUGGUGAUUCCGUUUAUGGUAACAAAAUGAGAACUUUGGGAGAAGUCAAUGCGGAAUCGUUAGAAGUUAGCUACAAAGAUUUGGCAGACUCAAAGGCCAUUUUGGCGUUGUUUUUAGCAACUAGUCCCCAGGAGAUGUUGAAAAUAUUUGAUAUUGUUGCCAUGGAAGCUGUUGAAUUGCACUAUCCAAAUUAUUCUCAAAUCCAUCAGGAAAUUCAUGUGAGGAUCAUUGAGUAUCCAAACCUGUUAAACUUGCGUGAUUUAAGAGAAAGCAAUAUGAACCAGUUGGUUAAAGUUUCAGGUGUUGUUACUAGAAGAACCGGUGUUUUCCCACAAUUGAAGUAUGUCAAAUUCGAUUGCUUGAAAUGUGGAGUUGUUUUAGGUCCCUUUAUUCAAGAUGCGAAUGCGGAAAUGAAGAUAUCCUUUUGCACCAACUGUCAAAGUAAGGGUCCGUUCAAGAUGAAUUCUGAAAAAACCUUGUACAGAAACUAUCAAAGAAUAACCUUACAAGAGGCUCCAGGAACUGUGCCUGCUGGUAGGCUACCCAGACACAGAGAGGUGAUUUUGUUGUCAGAUUUGGUUGAUGUUGCUAAGCCGGGUGAAGAAGUUGAAGUUACCGGAAUAUACAAAAAUAACUAUGAUGGCAAUUUGAAUGCCAAGAAUGGGUUCCCCGUUUUUGCAACAAUUCUUGAAGCUAAUUCAAUUAAAAGGAAAGAAAGUAGUGGGUUUAUGGGGGGAAAUAAUUUGGUAAAUAUAUGGACUGAGGAAGAAGAACGUGAGUUUAGGAAAUUGGCUCGUGAAAGAGGUAUAAUUGAUAAGAUCAUUUCGUCAAUAGCGCCAUCUAUUUAUGGACAUAAAGAUAUUAAGACUGCCGUGGCAUGCUCUCUUUUUGGUGGUGUUCCUAAGGAUGUAAACGGCAAACUAUCAAUUAGAGGUGAUAUCAAUGUUCUCUUAUUGGGUGAUCCCGGUACUGCCAAGUCGCAAAUUUUGAAAUAUGUUGAAAAAACAGCAAGUCGAGCGGUGCUUGCAACUGGUCAAGGUGCCUCUGCUGUUGGUCUCACUGCAUCUGUGAGAAAAGACCCUAUAACAAGAGAAUGGACCUUGGAAGGUGGUGCAUUAGUCUUGGCUGACAGAGGUACUUGUAUGAUUGAUGAAUUUGAUAAAAUGAACGAUCAAGAUCGUACAUCUAUCCAUGAAGCAAUGGAACAACAAACUAUAUCAGUAUCCAAAGCAGGUAUUGUUACCACAUUGCAAGCAAGAUGCGCUAUAAUUGCAGCAGCUAACCCUACUGGAGGGAGAUACAAUUCCACGUUGCCAUUAUCCCAAAACGUUAACUUAACUGAACCGAUCUUGUCAAGAUUUGACAUUUUAUGUGUUGUGAGGGAUUUGGUAAACCCUGAAUCUGACGAGAGAUUAGCAAGUUUUGUUGUUGAUUCCCAUAUGAGAUCUCAUCCGGCCAAUUCAGAGGAUGUCAUAAGCGAUGACGACGAUGAUGUAGUAGGAGCAGGAGGAGGAAGAGGUGAAGGAGGUGAAGGAGGUGAAGGAGAAGUACUGCUUGAAAAAGCCAACCGAACAAGAUCAGAGAAAUUGAAAAAAUUAAAGAUUCAAAAGGAGCUGGAAAUAUCGCCUAUACCUCAGGAUUUACUUGUCAAAUAUAUCCAAUAUGCUCGGGUUAAGGCUCAACCGAAGCUACAUCAAAUGGAUAUGGAUAAAGUUGCUAGAGUAUAUGCAGAUUUGAGAAAAGAAAGCUUAUCCACCGGUUCGUUCCCAAUUACAGUACGUCAUUUGGAAAGUAUAUUGAGAAUUGCCGAAUCUUUUGCCAAAAUGAGGUUGAGUGAUUUUGUUAGUCAAAACGAUUUGAAUCGGGCCAUCAAAGUGAGUAUUGAUAGCUUUGUUGGUACGCAAAAGAUUACAGUCAAGAAACAAUUGCAAGCUAAAUUUCAAAAAUACACUUUACCUACAAGAGCGAGGUAA